CAGGGCUUGGCCUCGCAGCUUCUCCUGUCUGUCUCUUUGUCUUCAGCCCAGACUGCAAAGUUUGCUGCUUCCCACUGGCCUGGAUCGAUCAUUAGGAAGGCAGAGGAAACUUACACUCAGUUCAAACUUCACCCUGAGACUUUGGUUUCUGCUGGCUCCUUUCCUUUCCCUUCACAGAGACAUAAGAAAAGACACCCCACACUGUCUCCCAAUGAAGAUAGCUUGCUGGCUACUGGCAGGUUUUUACCUGUUCUUCUGCUGCAGGGCUGAAGAGGGCCUGGACUUCCCCACCUACGAUGGGAAGGAUCGGGUGUUUGACCUGAACGAGAAGAACUACAAGCAGGCCCUGAAGAAGUAUGAUGUGCUCUGCCUGCUCUUCCAUGAACCUGUGGGCUCAGAUAAAGUCUCUCAGAAGCAGUUCCAGAUGACAGAGAUGGUACUGGAGCUCGCUGCUCAGGUCCUGGAAACUAAAGGUUUCGGCUUCGGGUUUGUGGAUUCCAAGAAAGAUGCAAAACUUGCCAAAAAGCUGGGCAUGGACGAAGAAGGAAGCCUCUAUAUCUUCAAGGAGGAGCGUAUGAUUGAAUUUGACGGAGAACUGGCUGCAGAUGUCUUGGUUGAAUUCCUCCUAGACUUGCUGGAGGACCCAGUGGAAAUCAUCAACAGCAAGCUGGAGCUACAGGCCUUUGACCGCAUUGAGGACGAGAUCAAACUCAUUGGCUACUUCAAAGGAGAAGACUCUGAACAUUACAAGGCAUUUGAAGAGGCAGCGGAACACUUCCAACCAUCCAUCAAAUUCUUUGCCACCUUUGACAAAGGGGUUGCAAAGAAACUAGCUCUGAAGCUGAAUGAGGUGGAUUUCUACGAGCCAUUCAUGGAUGAGCCCGUUCAUGUCCCCGAUAAGCCUUACACAGAAGAAGAACUGGUUGAGUUUGUGAAGGAGCACAAAAGAGCCACCUUAAGGAAGCUGCGUCCAGAAGACAUGUUUGAGACCUGGGAGGAUGACUUGGAUGGAAUCCACAUUGUGGCCUUCGCUGAAGAAGAUGACCCGGAUGGCUUUGAGUUCCUGGAGAUUCUGAAGCAAGUUGCCAAGGAGAACACUGACAAUCCUGACCUAAGCAUUGUGUGGAUUGAUCCUGAUGACUUUCCUCUGCUCAUCACCUAUUGGGAGAAGAUCUUCAAGAUUGACCUAUUCAAGCCACAGAUCGGGGUGGUAAAUGUCACAGAUGCAGACAGUAUUUGGAUGGAAAUCAGGGAUGAUGAUGACCUGCCCACAGCUGAGGAGUUGGAAGACUGGAUAGAGGAUGUGCUCUCUGGGAAGAUAAACACAGAAGAUGAUGACGACGACGAUGACAAUGAUGACGACGAUGAUGACGACAAUGACGACGAUGAUGAUGAUGAUUAGAUUUGACUCUGUACAAUUUGUCUUCUAGACAGUGAGCCGUUUUCACUUGGGGCAGGUUGCUGUGCCUCCUAAAUGGCUGUCCUGCCUACUUGGCCUUAUGAAGACUGUUUCCAGUGGUCACAGAAUACCUGUCUCCUCCUCCUUUCCCACCCCUCCUGCUCCCAACACCAAAAAACCUCUUUGGCCUGGUUUCCAGAGGUUCUGCACACCCACAGCUCUCAGUGAAAUCAACAACAGCUGCAGAUGCUCAGCACCGCUGAAAAUCAGGCCUCACCAGUAUGGACAACAAAAAUCUGCAGGGAAUUUCCCCUGAUGUUUCUGUGAGUUACUCUUGGGUAGUAGGUAAAUGGUAGGGGGCCUUUCUCCAUGCUACCAAAAGGUGUGGGGAGCUAACUUCUAUUUCCAUGCUAAUCGGCCUCUUAUAUUUUAAGACCUAAUCUUAUUGUAAGACACCAGGAAGGUCAUUGAAAAAUACUGCCCAUCUCAUUAAACAAAACAUCCUUCACAGCUGCUCAGCUAAACAGCACAGCAAAGACCACAAUAUCCCACAAACUCUGCUUUGGGUGUCUGGUACUUCUCCACUAAUGACAUCAUAAAUGCCAUGUGUUGUUUUUUUUAAAAGGAUGGUAGUUAAAAUCUAAAUUAUCCAUAUAAUGCAAGAAUAUUCCCUUGGUGCAGAAUUCUGCAAAACAAUUGCACCCAAACCCAUUAAACCUGCCUGGAUUGGUGUGUCACUGCAGGCUCCAAACUCAGGCAAGGCUGGUGAAAGCGUAGAAAUAUGGAUGGGUCAGAACGUCAGGUCUGAAAGAUCCUGAGGAGUUCAGUUCAAGGUCUGAAUCCAAACUCUGAGGUUCAGAACCAAUGGACUGAAAUUAAACACUGAUUCCUGACCCCAGAGCUUUGAGAUAAUCCAGAUCUGAACUCUGCCACUCUGAUCCAUCUGUCUGAUGGGUGGAACCAGAGCACCAUAUACAAACUACCUGAAUUUUGGGAAAGUUUGCAUCCACAUCUGAAUCUGGAUUUGAACUGUCUGGCUUAGGCCUAUCUCUUCUUUUACGGGAUCCUUAGCUGAUUUAUCGUUGUGCAUUGAGAUCAUAUGAAAUACACAACUUGAAAUUACGUACGGGGCACACCCCACCACAUGUGGAAAUCAAAAGAAAUGUUCAUUGUAAUCCCCCCAAAAGCCCUCCCAUUCCACAUGACUGUACAACCCUAGAGUCCUCUGAACCUUAUUCCUGCAUUGCCUCUUUUCCAGUGAACAAACUGCCAGGUCGGGACAGGUCUGUUUAGCUUCACUAGACAAGCUUGUUGGAUGAAUAAUUUUGGUGUGGUAACCAUCAGUGAAAGGAUCAAAUUGUCUGGCUUUUAAGUAGUUGUGGGACUGGGUUUGAAAGUUAUAUUCUACAUAAAUGUUCACACAUCCCUUAGUCCUAAGGGUGCAGCCUCUUUUGGCUGCAGACUCUAAAGGACAUCACAGCAUUCAUCUGCAGUCAUAGGGCCACUCACAAUAGGGGUCAGAAACUUGAUCUUGUAGAAUGCAGGGCCACCCAUGAGAAAUCCGUACAUAAACCAACCUGACAUCUUUAGGGCUCAUGGAUUUCCCUCACCUGCAGAUUUCAAUUGUCCUGCUUUAUUAGGUUUUAGUGCAACAGAAGGACAAUCUGAGGACAUUCUUACUGGUAGGAAUUAAUCUUCAAAUUGUCUUUCCUCAUUAGCUUAGUUAGGCUCUUUUUCUUCUCUCUUACUAGAGAUACACAACCUUCUGAUCUUGUUUACACUGGAGCAAGUCAGAAGUAACUAUUGAAGUCAAUUGAAUUAACACUGAUAGAAAGCUGGUGGAGGUGAGAUGAGAAUCAGGACUCAUUAGGUCACUGUAUUAAUGUGAACUAACCCAACAAGAGCUAAGGUUUACACUCCAGAAACUGCCUCUGUCUAAGUGAACUGCAAAGUAAAAUUUUAUAGUGCUAUCUAUAUUUACAUAUAGCUAGAAACCUGCCCUUCCCUGGUUUAAAAUAUGUGCGGGGGGUGGGUGCGGAUUUUCUAUGUAUUUACAUUUGGAACAUCAAGUGCUCACUUCCCUUUCUGUUCUAGAGGACUUGGUGAGAUCUUUGGAGGAUUUGAAGGAUGAUGUCACUCUAGGCUGUACUGUGAGCUGUCUCCUGCUUUCUUACUGCUUCCUGGAAAGGGGGUGCUAACUCUUAACCCUUCUCCCAUUGGUUGAGGUGAGGAGGAGUCACAGCUCUGUCUACAACCAACAGUGAUGGUCUUAUAGUUCAGGCUCUCCAGAAUUCUGCCCAAGAUCCUCUAAGGUGACCAGAUGUCCCAACUUUAUAGGGACAGUCCUGAUUUUGGGGUAUUUUUCUUA